AUGGUGGAAGCAAUACCGAAGCCAGUGAAAGAUAUGUGGGACAAAUGGAACAUCCGUAGCCUUGUGAUAUUCAGUCUCGUCCUUCAGGCAAUCCUUGUUCUUCUCUCAUCAAAUCGAAAACGUACACCAAAGAGACUUUUCCGGCUUCUCCUCUGGUCGGCGUACCUUUUAGCCAAUUGGGCAGCUGACUAUGCCGUGGGACAGAUAUCCGAUAGCUCAGGAAGCUCUCCUGAACCCAACUCGUCGCCCAAGACCAACGAGCUCUUAGCUUUCUGGGCAACCUUUCUUCUCUUGCACCUUGGUGGUCCUGACACCAUCACCGCUCUUGCUCUGGAGGAUAAUGAGCUCUGGCUCAGGAGUUUGUUUGGUCUUCUGUGCCAAUUCGUAGCCACUCUCUACGUGUUCUUGCUAUCAAUACCCAACAGUCUAUUGGUACCAACUUCACUCAUGCUUGUGGCUGGAGUCAUCAAGUAUGUUGAGAGGAUAAGAGCAAUGCGUGGAGCUAGUCUCGAAAGGUUCAAAGAUUCGAUGCUUGGUGAGCCGGAACCUGGAAUCGACUACACGAGGUUUAUGGAGGAAUACAAAAUUAGGAAGACUUUGAAAGAGCGUAGCCAGUUAGUUAGGGUCCCGGAGCCUAAGACCGAGCAAGGAGUUAAGGUAUCACUUGGCCCAGAGAGAAAAGGUCUGACCCAUCUCGAAGUUGUUCAAUAUGCUUAUAAGUACUUCAACAUCUACAAAGGUCUUGUGGUCGAUUUCAUCUAUAGCCCUCAGCAGUGGAUAGAGAGCAAGCAGUUUUUUCAGUCAUUGUCGUCCAAAGAUGCUUUGAGGAUUCUAGAGGUUGAGCUCAACUUCAUGUACGAAACUUUAUUCACCAAAGUUGACAUCCUGCACACGUGGGUUGGAGCUGCUUUCCGCUGUAUAGGCUUGGGCUGCCUAUUUGCUUCCCUCUACAUAUUCAAAGCAUCGAAGAAAGAUGGAUAUGAUGGUUUUGAUGUUAGCCUUACUUAUGCAUUGAUCUUUGGUGGAAUCGCACUCGAUUUCAUUGCCAUCCUCAUAUUCUGUGUAUCCGACUGGACAUUUGCUAGAUUGAGGAAGACGAAGGAGGGUCUGGAUAAGAAAGAUAGCAGGUUUGACAGAUUUCUCAACUGGCUGCUCAGUUUCAAGGGACUGAAGUGGCAGAAGUGCAAGUGUCACGAGCAAGAAGAACGCUGUCACACGGUGCUUGCUAGACUCUUUAUAUUUCGGAGAUGGUCUGAGUACAUAUAUGCAUACAACCUGAUUGGCUCCUCCCUGAAGAUAAAACCGAAGGGAAUCCACCACACCAGGGGUUACAUACACAGUUCCUUUGACGCCAUCAUCAGAAGCUUGUACAUAGACCGUGCCAUCGAUAUCACGUUUCAAAGAGCAGUCUUAGUUUCCAAAGCCUUGAAUCGCAUCCGCGAAAGGAUAGACCUAUACAUCGUUUCUCUGUUCAUCAAGGAUCGGAUAAUAUAUUAUGUUCUGUACCCUGCCAGGCUUUUGCUUAGGUUCUGGUUUGGGAUUCCUUUGAUCAACUAUCUCUUGGAAUUCUUCGGCAUCCCAGAUCAGGUAAAUGAGAUAGUAUUCACGUCUCGAGAACGCCUCACAGGAGAGCUUUGGGAGUUCAUAUUUAAGGACGUUAAGCAUAGAUCACUCUUCGUUGUUGGCAUGGAAAGUGCCACCCCUAUAUAUUCGGCUAGAGGUGACUGGAUUCUGGGAGAUAUGGAAGUCGAGAUUGAUCAGGAGAAACUGCUGCCGUAUGUUACUGAAGUGGAUUACGAUCAGAGCAUUCUGGUGUGGCACAUUGCCACAGAUUUGUUGCACCAAACAGAAGCAGUAUCCUCUGCAGACACAAACGUCAGAUGCAAAGAGUUGAGCAAAACCCUUUCCGACUACAUGAUGUACCUCCUCGUCGUGCAGCCCUCUCUGAUGUCAACAGUUGCAGGAAUCGAUAAGGUAAGAUUCAGAGAUGCAAUAGCAGAGGCCAGAAACCUUCAAGAGGCUAAAAAGCUGUUUCAGUGGACGCAUGUUGCGGAUUCGAGAGAUACAAAGAUGGCCUGUGAAGCAAUUGUGGCUUCCUAUAAGUCAGCUGAGCAAAGGAACGAGAGUGCCAAAGGGUACCGAAGCAAGUCUGUGCUGUUCCAAGCGAGCAUGCUAGCCGAGGAGCUUCAGCGGAUACAGAUUCAAGUAAGCAAUGAUAAUAUGUGGGAAGUAGUGAGUAAAGUGUGGGUGGAGAUGCUUUGCUAUGCAGCAACUCACUGUGACUCUAAACAACACGCAGCUCGACUCAACAAAGGCGGCGAACUGAUCAACUUUGUCUGGCUUCUGAUGGCUCAUUUUGGACUCGGAGAGCAAUUCCGGACCACCAAGGAAGAUUCAAGAGCCAAGCUCGUUCUAGAGAGAGCCACUUCUUCUUCCUUUGUGUAA